GUGAGUGGCGGUGGCGAGUAGCGAGUGGAGAGAGAGUGGAGAGAGUGGCGAGAGCGUGGGGAGUGCGUUGGGUGUGAGUCUGCGAGCGUGAAGACGCGCGGACCGAGUGGCUUGGAGGGAGGAGAGGCCCAUGGCAGAGGAGACCGCCGACUGCAUUGAGCGUCUCAGACGCGAGUUGCAGGGCCUGAGAGAGUCCGACGUCGACCUUCAAGCGACGCUGCAGCGCGCCCUGGACGUGCUCGGCGAGAUGCACCGCGCGCGGCAAGCGUCCGCGACCCCCGCCAAAGCCGCCGGCGCCGCCGGCUCGGUGUGCUCGGACGUGUCGGACGCCGACACGGACGACUCGGCGUGCGGCUCGCUCGCCUCGCCGACCUCCGAGCCGAGCGGCGUUGGCCCCUGCGCCCCGCGAGGCGACAGCGCGGCGGAGGCGCCCUCCCCGCCGUCGGAGUCGGCGAGCCCGACGUCGGCUCGGGACGACCAGGAGGACGCGCGUUCCGACUCGGAGUGCUCCGUCGUCUCGACCGACUCGGGUUUCGGCCGCGCGGCCGGGUCGGGACAGCCGGCGUCGUCGGCGCCGCCGCCGCAGCGCUUCCAGCGCAACCUGCGGCGCGCGCAGCUUCCCGAGCGGUGGAAGAGGGCGGUGGAGAGGAAGCGCGCCGAGCGCAAGCUGACGGCCGCGCGCUCGCUGCCGUCGCUGUGCCACGAGGACGGCUCGCCCGUUCCCCCGCAGCAGCAGCAGCAGCAACCGGAGGAGCCGGAGCGAGAGGAUUGGACGGAGGCCCUGCUGAGCGGCUCGCGCACGCGCCAGCCGCUCGUCCUCGGGGACAACAGCUUCGCCGACCUCGUUCACAACUGGAUGGAUCUGCCGGACAUCUGCAACGGGGGCACGGCUCGCGCGGCACAAACGCAGCAGCAGCAGCAGCAAAAUCCAAAGUCGGAAAAGGAGUCCAAGAGGCCCACAGGGCUGGCGCGGUUGCUGUCCAUCCCGGAGCAGAUCCGCAAGCGCUUCAGCAGCAGCAGCAGCAGCAGCAGCAGCGGCGGCGGCAGCGGCCUCGGCAGCCGCGCCGACAAGUCGAGGACCGUCAAGAAGACGAGGCACCUCUCCAUCUACGAGUUGGACGACAUGGACUCCUUUUUUGACGAGCUGCCCCCGCACGGCGCCCGGCAGCUCGGGCAGCGGCACUCGCACCCGUGCAUGGUGGGCUCGCUGAGCCAGCCGGAUGUCUGCAGCUUCGUGGGGUCGCACCUGGAAGACUCGCGCAGGCUCUCGUCCCACUUCCGCUCCGUCGUGUGGGUUUGAGUCGAUCGUCGGGGCCAGCGAACGGUGGCGGGCGGGGUUAGGGGGCAGCGGAGAGACUUACUGGUGCCCGCGUUGGACUAUAAGCGAAAAAAAUAAACGUCGGUCGCGUCGGAUGAAGACGGCCGCUUUGUUGCGGAUGCGAUCCCUCGGAUGCAAUGACAUUAGUGCGCAAUUUUGACACUGCAAAUCCUGGCACGUGUUGUUGAAGGGUUAACGUUGAGGUUUUGUGGUGAGUUGGCAUGCCUCUUAUUAUGCAGCACUGUGUAAAAAAAAAAAUACCCACUUGUGAUUGGAUUGUUGUGAAGACCCCGCUCACUGCGGAACGGUUGAUGUUUGAGGUAUCACACUCGGUGAGGGCGCUCGUUGUUUGCAAUCUAAGUAACGACGUGGAAUUUAAUUGUCAGUUACGGAGUUAUUUAUUUUUUUUGCCAGGACCAUGCACCGUGCCAAAAAAUCAACAUUUGACAUCGCCACAUCUGAAAAAUGUCGAAAAGAGAUUUUCUGGGUGCAGACUGCUUGAACCAAAAGAACUGUCAAGCCAUUUGCACUGUAUAAUUAUUAUUAUUUACAUAAUCUAAAAUGCAUAUUCCUUUUAAUAAACAGGUAAAUGUAUUUAGUAACUGUACUAUAACCAUAAUUGCUCGGUAUAAACUAGUGACAAUAGUAUUAUUUCCGUGUGGCCAAUGGGUGAGAUUUUGGAACAAAGCUGGACAAACCUAAUGUUUCCAUGCAGUAUUCUGUUGUGUUUCUAUACAAAACCAUUCCGUCAGAACGUAACGCAGCGUUCAAUCGGACGCUCUCUCUCUCUCGAGGGGAGAUAUUUCCAUCUAGCAGACGUAGAAAUCGGUGGCCUCUUGAGCGGAGGUUAGCACUGUUGUAGUCCAUUACACGAGGGAGAUUCAAAUUGUCAAUAUGCAAGGUACGAAGGUUAAUGGUGAAAUUAUCUGUGUGUCCUUGAUAAUAGGAGACCACGUGCUAUGGCCCUCGGAAUCCGUGCAGUUGAUGUUUGCCUGCAGUGUGCGUUCAUGCACACACGUCAAUGCGCAUCAGGGUGAGCAAUUGUGGACAACUUCAUAAUCCAGAAGGUAAACAUCCAAGGCCCUUUUUGAAAAGCUGAAACAGUCUGGUUCAUGGCCACAUUUAUACAAUGGACCUCCGCCUUAACAAGGAUGUUACCUAGCAGCGUAUAAAACAUGCAUUAUGAGUCUAUUUUAUUUAGGGGGAAAUGUAAAUUUGUUUGGCAAAACGUUUAAUUCGCUGGCUUUCCUUGUUGUCAUGCGGCCUUCAACAGUGGACUCUUGUGGAUGGUAUCCCAGAUUAUGUGGGCGAAGUUUAACACGUAAGCUUUGUCGACCAAAUGUGGGCUAAUUUUUACAUGUUGUUCUGAGCAUUUUUUUAAAUGUAACUUUUGAGGUGCCUGUAGAAAACUCCACUGUUUAUGCAAAAAAAACACAACACACUAGCCUUAACAUGGUUAAUAAGUUAUAAUAUUUCAAACUGUUGAGAUUGUUUUCAGUAUCUGUUAGAAGAAUGGAAAUGACAGCACUGGCUAAGAAUAUAUCAGAUAAGAGUAUUCAAAGAAAUAUUACCUAUUAUAGUAAAAAGCAUGGCAGUGAAGAGAGAUCAAAGAAAAUAGUAAAUUUUAACCGUGUCAUGUGCAUUUCAUUCCCAGUAUUAAAGGCGCCUUAGCUGAAUCGUAAAAAAGUGGUGCUGUGUAGAGGAAUAACCACGUUGAAGUUCAAGCUUUUAGCAUGUUCCCAAACAAGAUAUAAAUUGAUGAAAACCUAACAAAAAUUUUAGCAAAAUUCAGUUAUUUCAUACUUGACAAAAACUAACAUCUGGCAGAGAUGUCAAACCACCAUGUGCUCUGGGUUUUCCCCUCAAAUCUUCAAUUAACACCGUGUCUAUGUUAAUAUUGGUAGUAGUCUUCAAUGUGGUAUGGCCCAGAGACCAGGCACAUGACCAGGAUUUUUUUCAUAUGUUCAUACAGCAGUCCAACAUAACAAAACGCAUUACGUCGUGAAUAGUGAACUUAUACACGCAGACAUAGGCUCUAUUAUAUUAUACAACACAUUGUUCAGUUGACUCGUUUCCAUGCAACAUUUGACAUUUCCAAAUUGCAAUUGGGCCAAGUGGAGCUAUACUGGACAGUAUUUACUAUUUAUUCUCUCACUUAUGCCAUUGUGUGGUGUAGGAACCCACAGUGGGGGAGAUGUUAACUCCCUCGCCUGAUAUGCAGGAGGCCAUGGGUUGGACCUUGACGCCUGCUGUAUAUUUGGACUUUAAAAGUUCUCCUCGUGGUCAUGUGGAUUUUUUCUCCGGUUCCUCCGGGUUUUCUCUCCACGUUUAGAAACAUGCGUUUAGAUUAUUUGGCUUCUAUACAUUUCCACAUGAUAAGCCACUUCGAUGAGCUGUUAUUUGUGGCCAGGUUGUUUCUGAAAAAGAGCUCCAUGGCUCAGUGGGCCUUGCCUAGUAAAAUUUAUAAACGUAAAAAUCUUAUCAUUUUAUAAUGUAAACACACGUCCACGACAAAUCAAUUUUCAUAUAUAUGUGUGUACUUGUAUCUCAAUGGCACACUAUUUUGUAGAAACAAACAUGCCACCAAAUAAGGUUGAUUUGCCAACCUUUACACCAAGUUGGUGCUUUGAGGAUGUUAGAAAUGCUCGCACAAAGCUCACUGCAAUGUUCUACCCAAUGUGUAGAUUCCAUGUGCCACAUACUUUGGAUGACUGGGCUGUAUGAACACAAGUAGGCUUAGUUUUCUCAAAGUAGGCAACUGCCAGUUUUAAACCAUUCAGAUGCACACAUUGUGAAGGCUGUCAUUUGUUGAUGCGGUGUUGCCCCAUACCCUUUGCUGAUUAAAAUUGCCUGUUCUACUCAAGGCCAUACAAAUAAUGUUAAGGCACUUUUCUUAAAUUAAAAUAAAUGUUUUUUCACAUUUCCCUUUGAUAUUUUUUUACACGUUCAAUAAUUGUUCGUUGUGUGUGCCUGGCUAUGAAACACAGUUUAUUUGUUUUGUGUUUACUGGUUAUCGUUACUGUUCACAUUUUGGCUGUUCUGCGGUCACGUGUACAGUAACUGUAAAAAUUUCAUUUAUUGAAAUACUGUAUCAACAUGUAUAAACACACGCAUAAAAGUAUUCAUCGACAAAUAAAGUUUAUACUCAAGUUUCA